AACACUUAGUGCAGGAUGGCCAGGAUGGCUCAUGUUCGCUCUGCUCGGGCCACCAAAACAUUGCUUUUGUUUGUUGCCUGUGCAGUUUGUGCGGUGUGCGUCCACCCCAGCACCUUGUUUUCCUUGCCCAAGAAACCAGAGCCAAGGUUGUCAAUCAAACCAAGGCAUGCCAUGACAACUCUGGAAAGAGAAACGCCAGUGGCCGAACCAAUUGCCGAAUCUUCGCAAAUAUCAUCUGAUGAUGAAAAUAGGAUGCGUUUCAAUGCGGGUUUGCCUGGAAACAACGUUGUGGCUCUCACAACAGAGGCAGACUUGGCAGAGAUGUUGGACCGUGUCACAAAGACUGGUCAGCUCUUGGUGGUCGACUACUAUGCGCCAUGGUGCAGGGCCUGCCAGAAACUCUUGCGGUACAUGCACAAGAUCGCCCGUGAACCCGAUUUCCGCAAUGUUGAGUUUGCAACGGUGGAUUUUGACCGCUCGGAAGAUCUGGUGAAGAGUAGACAAGUGGAUCGGCUUCCCACCUUGGAGAUUUACCAUGGCCAGGAUUUGAAACAGCGUUGGAGCGGCGCAAACACAAAGAAGUUCCUUGAACGCCUAGAGAGCGAGAAUGAAGUGGCACAGGAUGUGAUGAGUGGCUGAGUGCAUGUAGACUUUGGACCCUGGUCCAUCGCCGCUAGUAGAGAGCCGAGCCAUUCCAAUGACACCUUGGGAAGCGGGCAAUGGCGAAGGUUUUUAAUACUGAAUUGCAGGAAUGUUUUGA